ACUACUGUACCUUCAGUUGCGCAGCGUAGUGUGUUCGUUUUCAGUAGUGAAGUAAAUAUUGUAGUUUUCGGUAUGGCUGCUCCAGCAGCUUGUACUCGAUUCAGUGAUAACUAUGAUCUGAAGGAGGAACUAGGAAAGGGCGCAUUUUCAGUCGUGCGGAGAUGCGUUCAGAAAUCGACGGGACUGGAGUUCGCAGCAAAGAUCAUCAACACAAAGAAGCUAUCAGCUAGAGAUUUCCAGAAGCUCGAGAGAGAAGCUCGUAUAUGCAGGAAGCUGCAACAUCCGAACAUAGUGCGCCUUCAUGAUUCCAUACAGGAAGAGAACUUCCACUAUCUGGUCUUUGAUCUGGUAACUGGUGGAGAACUCUUUGAGGAUAUUGUUGCAAGAGAAUUUUAUAGUGAAGCAGAUGCUUCACACUGUAUACAACAGAUCCUUGAAAGUGUUAACCACUGUCAUCAGAAUGGUGUUGUUCACAGGGACUUGAAGCCUGAGAACUUGUUGUUGGCUAGUAAACAAAAGGGAGCAGCAGUGAAACUUGCCGAUUUUGGCUUGGCGAUAGAAGUUCAAGGGGAACAACAAGCAUGGUUUGGAUUUGCGGGUACACCAGGAUAUCUCUCUCCAGAAGUGUUAAAAAAAGAACCAUAUGGUAAACCAGUUGACAUAUGGGCUUGCGGAGUUAUUCUUUAUAUUUUGCUCGUUGGUUACCCUCCAUUCUGGGAUGAGGAUCAACAUAGGCUGUAUGCGCAAAUAAAGGCUGGAGCAUAUGACUAUCCAUCUCCAGAAUGGGACACAGUCACACCAGAGGCAAAAAAUCUGAUUAACCAAAUGCUGACUGUAAAUCCCUCCAAGAGAAUAACAGCUUCUGAAGCUCUGAGGCAUCCAUGGAUCUGCCAAAGGGAACGUGUUGCAUCAGUGGUCCACAGACAAGAAACUGUUGAUUGUCUGAAGAAGUUCAAUGCAAGGCGUAAGCUAAAGGGUGCUAUUCUAACAACCAUGCUUGCAACUCGCAAUUUUUCCAGUAAGUAUGAUGCUCAUGGUCGCAGUAUUAUUACCAAAAAGAGCGAUGGGUCCCAAGUAAAGGAAUCAACAGACAGCAGCACAACUCUGGAAGACGAUGAUGUUAAAGAAGACAAACUUAACAAGACAGGUGUAGACAGGAGCUCUACAGUUAUUGCUAAAGAUCCAGAAGGCUUCAUCCAUGGCACAACACCACCCUCAACUCAACCGACUUUGGCUAAGGUGUUAACAUCCGCUCUUGCAACAUCUUCAGCAUCUUCAAGUGCAAAAGCUCCUGCUAACAUGAGUGCAGCACUUUUGCAAGAGGUGCAAGAGGACUCUGAGAUUCUUGGCUACCAACCCUUGGACUGUGAUUCAGAUGAUACUGAUGAGAUAAGGAUUCUGUGCCCAAACAAGACUUGCUCCCAGCUAUCAACAAACUCUUAUGGAUCAGCCCGUAAGCAAGAGAUAAUCAAAAUGACAGAACAGUUGAUAGAAGCAAUCAGCACAGGUGAUUUUGAAGCAUACACGAAAAUAUGUGACCCACAUCUCACAGCAUUUGAACCAGAAGCUCUAGGUAAUUUAGUCGAAGGGAUGGAUUUCCACAAAUUUUACUUUGAUAAUGUUCUGGGUAAAAACUGCAAGGCAAUCAAUACCAUCAUCUUGAAUCCACAUGUUCACCUACUUGGUGAUGAUGCAGCGUGCAUUGCUUAUGUUCGCUUGACACAGUACAUGGACAAGCAAGGACAAGCUCAUACCCAGCAGUCUGAAGAAACACGUGUGUGGCAUAAGAGAGACAACAAGUGGCAGAAUGUUCACUUUCAUCGGUCGUCUGUGGCUGGCCACUCAGCCUUUGGCUUUGCCCAUAAAUAAGAACUAUGCACAAAUGUGAGUUUGAAGCUGGUGGCACUCACUUGCACCAUCCCCAGUAAAUGUUGACUGUUGGUGGCUCCAGUGUUGGCUGCUUCUUGUUCUGUGGUGUUAGUCACCUCAGCAUUCUGGUGCUUUGAGGAGUAUGUCAGUGGCUGCAGAUUGGUGAUAUAUUAUGGGUAUUCUCAAAAGAAACCCCAAAGCCCAUAGAUUAACUUAUUUUGCAACAUGUUAUGUAUAAUAAGUAAAGUGUACAGCUGCACAAGCACAUGCAGGUUUAGCUGUUAUUCUUAAUUUACAUAUUUGUUAAUUACAGAUCUGAAUAUUGUAGAUCUAUUUAGUUUUUUAAGUGGUUAUAAUAUUUUGAUGAGCUUCCUACUUGUUGUUAGGAACUGUAUUUCCAAUUGCAAAAUGUUACUGUAGCACUCACAUAUUCAUCGGUUAUGUAAUAAGCUGACCUGACAAGCAUGAAUGCAAGUUGCAGCUGCUAUGAAAGAUAUUGUUGCCAAUAGUUUCAUUUCCUAAGAUGAAAUGAAACAGUACAAAUAAGUCAGGUGCUGAUAUGCAAGGCACAUAUGUUGCAAGUAACUGGCUGCUAACAUUUAAUGGGCUGAGGUGCAAAGUGUGCAGUUGAUGUACUCCAUAGUAAUGUUUUCUUUUUUCUACGACUUUAGUAUGAUGAGAAUUUUCCAGUCGGAAUCUCAGCUUUACUGGCAUAUACAUACUAUAAUUAUAUACCUUCAGUGAAAGUAAUUUUACAUUGUCCUUGGCGAGGACAUUCCAUAAAGAGGAACCUGUGAGAGAGGAUUCCUUUCAUACCAUUUAAAUCUAAGCAUUGUAUCUUUUAAGUCUUGCAGUAAUGCAUUACAACAGAAAUUGUUAACUAAUAAAACAGAAAGUAUUUUACAGACAACAUCUGUAUCAACUGCAACAGGAAUGACACUGUAUGGUUUUACAUUUGCAUGCAACAUUUUUAUAAGUGUCUACUGAAAAUGCCAAACUUUUCUUCAUGAUAGCUGCAUGUAAUAACUUAUUUCACAUUCAAAAGAUAAGCCAUUAAAAAUGAGAUAGGUUUCUCAAGUAAGCAGAUGCUUAGAGUGAAAAUAAUUUUUUAUAUCUGCAUUGCCUCAAGUUUCCAGAAGACUUGAAUCGUGGUUCAUCGGCCAGAUUCCAUAAUUUCAUCAUUAAAAACAUAAACUAAACAUUUUACCAUUUUCUAAAAGAAAAAUUGUCAUACAGUUAACCCUCUUGAUUGUAAUUUGGUACUGUAAUUGAAACAAAUAUAGUAAUAAACAUGCUUCUAAAUGUGAUUGCUAUUAAAGGAAAUCUUUUUGGAAUAUUAUUAAAAUGGUAUUGAUAAGGUAAGAGUGUGCAACUGAGUUGUAUGUAGUGAUUAGGUGUUUGAGUACUUAGAUCCUUCCCUUCUUUCCAAUACCAGUCCUCAAGUUGCCUUAUCCACUUAUCCAUCCCAGUUCACCCUAAUCUCACAAUACAAGAUCAGUUCUAUGAACUGACGAACUUAAUCGUUUGGCCUAACUGUCAUAAUUAUCUUUUUAAUGAUAAUGUAAUCUAGAUUGACUCACAUUAUAUGAUAAUAAAAAAAGAGUUUAAAGUUUUGCAAAACUCUUGGAAAAUAAAAACUCCAGAAGCAGAUAAAAUUAAGACAAAAAUCAAAUGAGCAAUUUCAGUAGUUAGCAUAAUACAGGAAGUUGUGACUGAAUCAUGUGUACUGCUCUGCAUGUAGUUGGUGUUACGUUUUAAAAUAGUUAUAAGAAAUGAAAUUAAAUAAAAUACAGUUUUUCCCAAUCAUUUCCAGAAUCAGUUUAGGUACAAUUCUAUUGUGAUAAGUGAAGGAAUAAUUGUGGUUUUAAAAACAAGGUAUCAUCUUAUUCCAUUUAAUAACCAGUUUAAGCAAAACUACUCAUUAAUUUUGUUUUUUGUAAUGACAUUCACAUUUUAAAGUUAUUUGUUGAAAUGCUUCUAUUAAUAUCUGAUAAUUUUCAUUCCUGUCUUUUUGCUAACACUGAUAGAAUUCUAUACCCUUCCUUUGCAGCAGCGAUGAGUAUCAUUUAUGAUAUCGAUGCUAUUAACUUCUGAAAGUUAGCCUUUUUUUUAUAGAAAAUGGAAGUAAUUUUAUUGAUUUCAAAUUAAAUAACUCAUAAGCUUGCUUUUUGAAAGAAAGAAAUAAGAGAUUACUGCUUGUAAUUUCUGCAAGGCAUUUUGAAGCAUUUUUAUUGCCUUUGUUCACAUACUUUCAAUUUUUAAGAGUUUGUUGUAGAUUGGGUUAAUAACAUCAGCUUUUGUCUUAAAAUAUUUACUAAAAGUCUUAAAUCAUCUGCUUAUUUUAUUUAUAUGUUGCAUUAUUUUAUACUAGUGUGUCAUUACAACAUCAUAAAUUCUGUAGGGCAAUAUAACAGUUCCCAUAAGAAGAUAAGUAAUAUUUCACACUUUCAUUUGCACUUUGAUGUUAAUAUUAAAUUAAUGCCACCAAAAAUGCUACAUGCACAUGUAUAGAUUUCUCUUUAAUAAUCUUGUAAUAAUUUCAAGUACAAGAUUGUUUGCAUUGCAGUAUUCUUCCAGUAUAGUAUAACACUUAUAGCCCAAUAUUUUGUAUGUUUUUAUUCACUAUAUAUAAUAUUGGAAAAAAUAAUUGGUUUCCAUUUAAACUAAUAAGGCUAUGCAUUUCUGCUGGUAACACCAAAUGAACUUUUGACGGUAUUUAUCUCCUGUGUUUGUUUAUGAUCUUGCGCUGUUUGUUUGAAGCAGUGCACAAGAUGCAGUUUCUUAUAAUGCUGUUAUAGAAGAUAUCAGUAGCCUACAACCAUGUCAGAUAUAGUUCUUUUUUAUCUUACAUCAAAGUUAACUGUUUGUGCAGUUUGCUUUGCUCUUACUUUUUCCCCUUCCUCUCACCUUAAGAGCAUUCCCAAAUGCUUGGAACUACUUUGGUUCCUUUUUAUUUUCCUUUGCUCUUAUUUUACAUUUAAUGUUAUUUGGGUGUAUUGAGCAUUUAGAGAUGAGGAGACCUCAUAGCGUUUCAAAUAAAAAUGUACUGUUGGUAAGCGUGCAAGAGGAGUCGAUUUUUAUUUGUAAUUAAGCAAAUGUAUUUUCUGAAGUUAUACACAGAACUUUACUUUUUCAUUUUAAUUUAAAAGCAUUUGAAUGACAGUCAUAUUCAGUACAAUCCUUCCUUAUUCUGUAUUGAUUACCAUACUGCUCUCUUUCGAUAUAAAUAAAGUAGACUAAUUUUGUUUCUGUUAUAAUGUUUUGCAUUUUGAAAAAUCAUUUGUUUGCCAUGUCUUGCACAUGUAACUGCUCAUUUAUUAAUUAAUGUAUGUUGUAAUUGAUUCCAAAGGGGAAAACUACAAAUGAAAACGUCUUUAGCUAUACUGGCACAGAAAAUUCUUUGUGCACGUUGUAAUAAAUACUGUUUUCAGUGUACACUGUUUUUAACGUAAUAUUUCAAAUCUCAAAAGCUACUAACUUCAGUGGUUUUUGUAUUUUACUUUUAAAGUAAAUAUCUGUAUGAAAUCUCAUAUUUCUAAUAUUACUUUUAUUUAUUAUUUCAAUUUCUCAACAUGAAGCACAUUGUUAUAUUCACUAUGCUCUCUGUCAUUACAAAUGCCAGUUAAAGGACACUAUCUUCAAUGUAAUUACUGAUUUUUGUUGUUAUUAUUAUUGUUAACUUGUGAUAUUAAUUUCAAAAUGGGAAAUUUUAAUGGAUGUAUGGAGAAUUCUAAAAAAAUGUUGUAAAAAGUUAAAUAUACAUCAAAUUAAAAGACUAUACAAUUGAAUUACAUUGACUUUGACUGGUAGCUUUCUAUGGCUCAGUCUAUAUCUACCACACAAAAUAUUAUGUACUGAAGUUAUCUAGUAUGUGUGUGUAAAUUGUUAUAGUCAGUACAAAUGUGUACAGUGUAAAAUCUUUGCAAAAUGGUAUUUGCUCAUCUAAUUCUUUGUUAUUGUUUUCCCUAAUAUGUAAUGUUAUUCAUGUUACACAAAUAAUAAAAUACAUUUUCAGCAAACUUUUAUACCAUAUCUGGAAAGAUGUCUAUUACCCACUUGUAUCAAGCAGUUCAUCUUUCAACCUUGCGUUAAUUUAAAAGUGUUAAAAUUAAGAUUGCAUUUGACUGAGUGAUUGAUUGAAACUAGGGAAGUAUGAAACAAUCUCCAUGACAUUCAUAUUUCUGUGACACUUUAAAUAUUAAUUGUAUGGUGUAGUGAAGAAAGAUUUCCAUUUGCUAAAAAUGGUGUUUACACAAAUAUUGUAAUUUUAAUCUUAAGUUUACUUUAUUUUUUAUUUAUUUGUGGUGCCAACAAUUCAUUCAAAGUGUUGAACUUCGUAACUAAAACCAUCAUUUGCAACCAAUCAGCAGACAGUGAUGUGUUACCACUUAACAAAAUUCUUAAUUGGUAGGCGUACGGAAAUCAGUAUUAAUUCUACAGGUCAGCUGUAUUUUGAAACUCAUCAAAGCUUAGAAGUGGACAUUUUGAAAAAAAAUGCUAUCUGUUGUAUGAGAAAAGACUUAAAGGAAGUGUUUAACCUUCGCUUUCUCACAGCUGAAAUGCAUAUCUCUCUCUCUCUCUCUCUCUCUCUCUCUCUCUCUCUCUCUCUCUCUCUCUCACACACACACACACACACACACAUACACACAAACACACACAGAUAUGCAGAUAUAUGCACUUUUUCCUGAUUCUCAGCCACAGAAUAGUGUAACUCUUCUUUUUUUUAACUGUUCAACACUGUAACAUUAUGUUUACAUUCCUCUCUGCUGGUAACACUAUUUCUCUUGGGUCACAGUCUCAGAAUUGAGUACCUUUUGUGUGUGUGUGUGUGUGUGUGUGUUUUCCACAGUUCAGCAUUGUAAUAUUAUGUUUACAUAUUUCUCUGUCAGUAACACUACUUCUCUUUUCUCAUACAUACUACCCAAGACUUUGUAUGAAAAUAUGUUGCUUAGUCAGAGGUAGACUUCUGCUGUCUCAGGUGAAGUUCCUGUUGUGACAUACUCCGUACUUACUAUGAAAUUAUUUUAUGUAAACAUUCUAAAACGAAAAAAGUACUUGUAUAGACAGUUAAUGUAACCAGAAUUCUUCAUAGUAAUCCAUGGAGCCAUAGUGAAAUAGCUGUUGUGAAAAAUUUGAUCUGUGAUUGUCAAAUGCAAUCUUAAAGAAAGAAAGAAAUCAAAAUUUAGAAUUUAUCAUAUUAACAAAAAUAUUGAAAGAAAAUUUAUUUUACAUGUUACUAAUGUGUGGACUAAGACCAUUAAAAGUUCAUUGAUAGUACUCCACACAUUAUAUGGUACGUAGAAAAUGCACAAAAUAUGUUCUUGAAUAAUACAGUUAAAUAUAUCACACACAUUGUCAGUCAAUGUAUAUAAAAGAUAUCAUAUGUAUUUGUUUAUCUGUUAUUGUUGAAUGAUUAUUUUUAUCUGGAUGCAAUUUUCUGCUAAAUGAUAACAUUUGUAGUUUCAAUAUUAUUAAGAAGGAAUUAAUAUAUAACUAUUGUCCUCAUUUGCUUUAUAUGAAAGUUAUGAAUGAAGUUGAAAGAUAGAUCUCAUGAUAUUUGAUACCAACAAUGUUGACAUUUUCUGUCUGUCUGUCUCUAGAAACAACAUUUAUCCCCUUUCACUAUAACUUUCCUUACAGAAAUAAAAUAAAAAAUGGAAAUUAUGAGUCUGGUAAGAUUACCUGCCUUUAGAGGUAGUAGCUUCCUAUUGUUCAUGUUGAAUCAUGUAAGGAAUUUUAUAAAAAUAUGAAUAAAAAAUGAUUUACCUCAUA